AUGGCAGAUGACGCGAGAGAAGAAUCGAAAGAAAAGCGGCGGCAGCGCCGGGGUCUGCUGCCGCCAGGGCUUGUCGAUCUGAUGGGGCCGCCCUUGAAGGUUGGAGCCGCGACAGGCACCGUCGGCUUGUUCAGCGGUAUCGCUGCCGGCAUCAUUCGCGACUCAACGCCCGCCCUGUUCGCAGUCGCGUCUGGCAUCCAAUGGUUUGCCCUUGGAUCAAGUUACUGGCUCUCGAGGUCGGUGGUAUUGAACGCCUGGGGCGGCGAAGCUCAGGUAUCAGAUUCAUCAAAGACAAAGGCAAGUGCCAUUGCAGGAGGAACAGCAGGCAUGGUUGGCGGCCUCAUCCGCGGACCCAAAAACAUCAUUCCAGGUGUUAUCGUCUUCUCAUUAGUCGGCGGAGUUGGGCAGGCCAUCGUCAACAGCACGCAAGGCACACCCGCGGAUGCGAAGAAGGAGAAGAAGAGCUUCUUCGAGUCAAGUUGGAGCCCCCUGAAGAAGCUUUCAGACGACGAGUAUCGCGGCAUGCUCGACGAAAAGAUGUUAAAGAUUGAUGCCGAGAUCGCACUGAUCGACGACAAAAUCGCCGAGCUGCGGGCUGCGAAGGCGGCAGCACCCCCUCCACCCCAAGAACCAGCAUCAAAACCUGGAAACUGA